CUGGCUGAAUCCGGUCGCCUGAUCGGCCUCGAUGUCGGUGACCGCCGCAUCGGUGUGGCCGUCAGCAUCCCUCCCGGCUCCCUCGUCCUGCCGGCCGGCCACAUUGACCGCCGCAACCUGCGCUCGGACAUAGCCAGCAUCCUUGAGGCAGUUUCCCAGCGUCAGGCGGUAGCCAUCGUGGUGGGCAUGCCCUACGAUGCCCAGGGCCGGCCCGGCCAGCAGGCCCGCAAGAUCCAGUCGGUGGUGCGCGCCCUGGAACGUUCCGCCGCCGUCCCCGUGUUCGUUCAGGACGAAGCGUUCACGUCUUCAUCCGCCGAGGCCGAACUCCGAGCCUCAGGGCGCAGACCCAGCCGGGAACCGGGCGCCGUUGACGCUGGCGCAGCCGCCGCCAUCCUGCGUCGUUUCAUCAACCCCGAUUGA